AUGCGGAGGAAAGAAUGGGGCAUACGAGGAAGAGCUAACUGCGAAGGAACAGAGCGGAAAAGCCAUCACAUUAUUCCAGGCGCAAACAGACGCUAUAAAAUAGACCGAGAAAGACUACGUGUUCAUCCACCAGAAAUCAUGCGAGAAAAACCAAGAAACGGGACUGCCCUUCGCACCGAGAACGAAAACCCGCCGCACAUCCUCCAAAAAUUCCAAAAUGUGGGCUGCAACGUAAACUGCGCCAACCAUGCUCUCGGCACGCGUCCAUCAACCCGGCAGACGCAAGCCAGGAUGUCAGUACUAGCAAGGUUACGUUCCGGAUCUUUCCUCCGUGUUCGUGAUGGCGUCCGAUAUUUGUCUGCUGCACAACCUAGCGGAUUACCACUGGAUAAAGGCACGCCUGCCCCUCUUCCUUCCGAGGACAAACCGCUAUCUCCUAAAGUGGCGGCUCUUGUCGAGGAAAUAGUUAAUUUAAGUCUGCUAGACGUGGCUGAUCUCAACAAAGCUCUGAAGAAGAGGCUGAACAUUUCUGAUCAGCCAUUCAUGCCUGCUGGUAUGAUGAUGGCUGCUGUACAAAAUGCUGCAGCAAAUGGUGCCCCAUCAGAAGCAUCAAAAGAAUCCGAAUCCGAUGUUCCACAGAAGAUGACCUUCAGUGUUAAACUGACCAAAUUCGAUGACUCUAAGAAGAUAUCUCUCAUCAAGGAGAUCCGAACUCUUGUUCCGGGUCUGAAUCUCGUUCAAGCGAAAAAGUUUGUGGAGACCGCUCCAGUCGUCGUAAAGGAAGACAUGGGUAAGUCUGAAGCUGAGGAAAUGAAGAAUGCUCUUGAAAAAGUUGGAGCUACCAUAGAGAUUGUUUAG